UAGCCUUCUACCUGUGAGUAUUCAUCUUAAAGGAAUGCAUUUGGUACAUGAAGUGGAUGCUGUAUAUGUGUUUAUGUAUAACUAUAGGCGUCAUAGGCGUCGAGCUAUGAGUACUCAUCGCAGAGGAAUGUCUCCCGUACGCUAAAUAGAUGUGCGCUACCACAGCCUAUGUGUCCCAACACCUCCUCCCCCCUCUCUGGUCCAUUCCCAAAGCCCCGCCUAAUCUUCGUCCUGUUCUUCGGACACCUCUGGCUAGGCGCUCUGUGAUUGGCUGGGCCUCUCCAUCCGGGUACUUUGCGCAGUUGCAACUCGUUCGCCUAGAGGUACCAAUAUGGCGGAGGCUUCGUUUGACAGUUCGAGUCCAGUUGGGGGAGGAAAUUCAAAACACAUUCAAGCAAAAAUAGUUGGCUCUCUGUCUUCUGAAGACCAUGAUUUUGACCCUACGGCUGAAAUGUUGGUACAUGAUUAUGAUGAUGAGAGAACUCUUGAAGAGGAAGAAAUGAAGGAGGAUGGAAAAAACUUUGCCUCUGAAAUUGAAGAUUUAGAAAAGGAAGGAAACAUGCCUUUGGAAGAUUUAUUGGCAAUUUACGUCUAUGAGCCUGCGGACCCAGGAUUGGCGGGUUCCAGUGCAGGUAGUUCCCCAAGUGAACUUGCUGAUGAGCUGCCUGAUAUGACUCUGGAUAAAGAGGAAAUUGCAAAGGACCUUUUGUCAGGUGAUGACGAAGAAACACAAUCAUCUGCUGAUGACUUAACUCCAUCUGUUACAUCACAUGAAGCUACAGACUUCUUUCCACGCCCUUUAAGAUCAAACACUACUUGUGAUGGUGAUAAAGAGUCGGAGAGUGAGGAUUUGGAAACUGACCUUGGAACUUCUCCUGAAGAUUUAAGAAAGGAAAUAAUGCUUGGUCCACAGCAUCAAGCAGAAGUUCCACCUUUUCAGGGAAACUACAUGCAAGAUUCAACAGAGUAUGAACAUGAGGAUCAAUUGCUUUGGAGCCCUGAUGUACUUCCAGAAAACAAAGUAAAGGAGUUUCUUUACGAGAUAUCACGCGCUGCUAAUGAGCGAGUCACAGACAGGAUUCUAGAUGGAAUGCUUAUGAGGGACAAUGAACAGGCACUACAUGAGCUCUUCAAGUGUGAUUACAAUGUUAAGGAAGCUUUGGAACGUUAUUGUUGCAAUAGAAAGAGUUCACAUGAUUUAAUCACUCCUUGGACAGAGGAGGAAUGUAGAAAUUUUGAGCAUGCACUUCUAAUCCAUGGGAAGGAUUUUCAUCUGAUACAGAAAAAUAAGGUGAGAUCGCGAUCGGUUGCUGAAUGUGUUGCCUUCUAUUAUAUGUGGAAAAAAUCUGAGCGGUAUGAUUAUUUUGCCCAACAAACGAGGUUUGGAAAGAAAAGAUACAAUCACCAUCCAGGAGUAACGGAUUACAUGGAUCGUAUGGUAGAUGAAGCAGAGGUACUCGGAAGCACAGUCGAUUCGUCAGCCUUAACCUGUCAGCAUAGGGUAGAUCCCAUACCUGACUCACAACUUAACAUAUUGAAUUCUAUUACUGCUAAUGACCUGACAGCUUUGACAAACAGUGUGGCUACAGUAUGUAACUCUACAGAUGUAAACUGCUUGAACGAUGGUUUCCCAGUGCUGGACACCCUGCCAAGAGGACCGGUAAAUCAUGUGCCUGUUGGGACGGAAGACUUGCUCAAUUUACCCAGCAACGGUGAAAGUGAUUGUUUUAACUUAUUUGAGACUGGAUUUUAUCCUUCCGAGCUCAACUCUGUGAGCUUAUGCAACGAGGAAUCAGAGCGGCCGGCAAAAAGGCUAAAAAUGGGAAUCUCAGUUCCAGAACCCUUCAUGAGUGAUGUUUCUGUAAAUAACCUUGGUGUGGACUUUGAGAACCAUACACGCCACAUUAGCAGUGCCAAAAUGGCUGUCUCUGUUGCAGACUAUAGCAGUUUAUCCGCAAAUGAGACAAACAGUUUUAUAAUUUCGAACACGCUACAUCAUACAGCCCUGCAAUCGGAAUAAUUUCACCAUCUGAAAAACAUUGCAUACGCGGGUGCAGUAAAUAUAAACUUCGGGUCUGCUUAGUCUUUCACUGGAAGUUUGGACUUUUUUUUUUUUCUUCUCUAUGACAUCAGUGAUGUCUUUGUAUGUAAAGAACUAUAUCUUGAUUUUGUCAAGAACUUCAAUAUGGUCCAUUAAUGUGGAAUAACAGACUAUGUUCAGCAGAGUUGGGAACUUGGAUUAAUAUGUGAGAAUGCAACUUUACACUUCUGUUUUUGUUAGUCUGUAGAUUAUUGGUCUCCAUCUUGAUACCAGCACAGGUUCUGAAUCCUAAAAAAAAAAUGGUUUCUCUUGGUCUAUGCUACCUUUUUGCAGAAAUGGGUGCAGUGGAAAAAUCUAUGUUUACAGGUACCGCUCUGAUCCCUGCUUUAAUGUAGCAUUUUAUUUUUGUUUUUUAAUUUAUUAUAAAUCUAUAUAUAUAUAUUUUUUUGUUUUAAAAAUGGCAGGGCUUGGAUAUUGUAAUUCAGACAGCGCAAAAAUCUUUUUUUUUUUUCUUUUCCUCUAAACCAUUUUGAAAGAGAUACAAAAAAGAGCACUUCAUUUCACACCAAGAUGGCGGCUCAAGAAGCUGGCACGUGGGUACAGUG